AUGAAACACGAUGAGAAGGAUGGAUCCAAGGAUUCUUCCAAUGAGGAAGGGGUAGCCGAAGAAUAUAUUCAGGCUAUAUCCUCCAAGAAGGAUUUUUAA